UUAGCACAUUUUAAAAUCUAACAAAAAUGAAUGCCUACGAAGAGGCUUUGUCUCAAGCUCUUGAUGAACUUUUGGCCAUGAAGAACUGCGAGGUGGUAGAUGUAGUACUGCGCCAAUCAAUGUUGGAACUUCUGCGAGACAGUGAGUACCCAAAGAAGAAAUCUAAAAUUGCAAUCCCAAUUAACCAUCGGCUUCUUAAAGAAAUCCGUGAGAUUGCCGUUCGGACCACCAAUUUGUCCAAUCAUGCUGGUCGCACUGCGCCCAGUUACUUUGAUCUGGAGCGAGUUUUUGGCCUGAUGAAAAUCAAUGCGGGCGACCUCAAGGCCACUGCCCAGCGUCAUUUGGAAACUGGAGAAGUUGUAGAAUGUCCAGCACCGCAGACACUUGAUCAGGAUUUCCACAAAGGACCACAGCCAAUGCUGACUGCCUCGCGUCCCAGGGAAAUGGGCUGCAUCACCCAUAUUCCCGAUUAUUUUCCACCAUUUCCCGGGGCGCACACCUACAAGAAUACGGUUAUGGAGCAGGUUACCGAUAGAGGCUAUAUAACCGUUAGAAAUCGUCAUGCCGAUAAUGAGUUGAACAUUCAAAAGGCUUUGAAUAAAUUCUACUUGAAAUCCAGUCCCAAGAUAACGCUGAUCGAAAGUGGCUCAGGCGAUGUCAGCGGUCAGGUUUUGGCUCCGGGUCCGCCCAAGAAACCUUCUUUUCUGGAUGCCUUGAUGCCACGCAAUCAGGUCUUUGAUACGGACAUCUACGAGAACAAGGAGGAGAUCACACAUGGAGCCCUCAUUUGCCCCUUCUUGAUGGAUCCCAAGGAGCGCCGCUCAGACCAAUCCCCAGGACAUUUCGUAGGCGAUGAUGUGGAAAUGCAAGAGCUUCAUUGCAAUGUGGAGCUGGACUCGGCAUCUGAUGAUGAUAUGGUACCAGUAGCAGAUGGAGGAAUGGAAGUAGCAGCAGAAGUUGGGGCAGUAGGAGGUGCCGUGGGCAUCUCCAUGCCGGAGAUUAACUGGUCACAGCCGGACUGAAAACUGUAAAACUGAAAAACCGAAUUAAACUGCAGCUGAGUAAGAGCUGAAAAGCACACGAAAUGUUUCCAUUACAACGAUAAAAAAAAAGGUGUGAGAAAAAUAAAUUUAUUUCAAUUACA